AUGUUGAAAAUCUCUCGCAUGCUUCCUUCUUCAUCUUCCAGGAAUCAUCUAUUCGAAGUUCUUUCCUCUAGGAAAAUUGAAGUUCGGGAUUUCUCUACUGCAACAAAUAACUAUUCUGCUAAAGGAUAUAGUUCAGAUCGUGUAUUUGCUCCUUAUUCUGUUUACAAGGGAAAAGCUGCAUUUUCACUCACUCCUUGUCUUCCAACUUUCACUAAGUUGGAUUCUGGGGCUCUCGUGGUUGAUCGUCACGGUUCGAUCAUGAUGAGUUUCGUGCCUGCUGUCGGGGAGCGCAGAUAUGACUGGGAGAAGAGACAGAGAUUUGCCCUAUCAGCUACUGAAGUUGGUUCUUUGAUAGCCAUUGGCCCCCAAGAUUCAUGUGAAUUCUUUCAUGACCCCUCAAUGAAAUCAAGUAAUGCUGGCCAAAUAAGGAAGAGCUUGUCAAUUAAGCCUCAUAGCAGUGGCUACUUUGUCUCUCUGACUGUUGUCAACUCCGUGUUAAAUACCAAAGACAAUUUCAGUGUUCCUGUUACAACUGCUGAGUUUUCUGUGAUGAAGACAGCUUGCAGUUUUGCAUUGCCACACAUUAUGGGCUGGGAUCGUCUAACUAAUCAGAAGUCCAGUGAGACAGGAAGCUUUCAACCCAAUCAGCAGUCCGGUGGGAAAGUUAGCUUUCAACCAAAUCGACAGUCCGGUGGUACAGUUGGCUUUCAACCGAAGACGAGCCCACAGAUUUUAGACUUGGAAUGGGAAAAGUGA